GCACUUUAAAUAGCUGCAAAUGUUUAUUUCAAAUGUAUGCGAGUAGUUUGUGAGACCCCUAUUUGAGAUGCACAAAUAGUUUAGGUUUUCUGAGUAAUGUAAACCACUAGUAUAAGCAAAUAACACUCACUAUUCUUUAAAAAAAAAGACUACGGUCCACUGCUUGAAACUAAAAUGGAAUUGAAAUUGGAUGAAUAUCCCUAGCACGCACAGGUGUAGAACUCUUUCGCUGGCAUUAACUAAACAAUUCUAAAAUGAGCAAGAGACCAGUAGAUCUUUAUUCACGAAUACGGAACAAAUGUUUGUGCCAAGAAGUCGAAGGAAGAUUCAGGAAGUAGCCAGACACCUGCCCGCACAGGCCAAGCUAGGCUGGUCAAUAGGAGGAUGGCCAAUGAGAACCUCCAGGCAGCUGUAUUGCCAUGGCAAUGCCCUACAUUCCACACCAGGACCUACCCAGUGUGUGGCCCACUGUGUGUUUGCUUCUGUGUAUGACUGAGGGGUAUUCACUCACAUGAUUAAUAUUCACAGAGUAUGAAUAGAAUUAUGACUGUUUUAUGAAUCUAAACAUAAAUGCAUGGUGAAUUUUAUGCUGUGCGUUUAUAUCAUUUUACUUUAAGAAAGCUAGUAACUAUCAUGUAUCAAUUGUGUAGAAUAAUAUGCAAAUCAUGUAUGCUGCAAAAUAUGUAUAAACAUUUGUUAAGCUCUGGAUGGAUUUCCAAAUGUCAAAUUGUAACAUGUUAUUAGAAUCAUUGCAUGUUCGUUUUAAUAUUAUAAUUAUCUGCAUUAAGUCCUUGAAUCGAUGUUUUCCACAAUUGCUUUAGACCCUUUCAGUACUAUGAAUCGAUGGCUGAUAACGCAAAAAAAAAAACAGAGCAACGUGUUAGCUAGCAAGAUGGAGCGAUCUGUUGGAUCACUACAGGAGCAAGCACUCAAAAGGAAAGAGCGGCUGAAAGCGCUGAGAGGUCGACAACUUCAGGGAAGAGACCAAGAGCAAGAGGAUGGAGAGCCAGAGAGGAAAAGAGCCCUGGAGGAGGAGGCUGAGGCUGAGGCUGAGGAGCGACACAGAGAGCUGAAGCUGAGGAACUACACCCCUGCUGACGAGGAGUUGAAGGAGAGACAGGUGCCCAAAGCCAAGCCUGCAUCAGUGGAGGAUAAAGUCAAGGAUCAGCUAGAAGCCGCCAACCCCGAGCCUGUCAUUGAAGAAGUGGACUUGGCCAACCUCGCACCAAGGAAACCUGACUGGGAUUUAAAGAGAGAUGUCGCAAAGAAGCUGGAGAAGCUUGAGAAGAGAACACAGAAGGCCAUCGCUGAACUUAUCCGUGACCGUCUGCGAGGCAAUGAGGAGGAGCUUGCUGCAGUCGUGGGAGCCGUAGAUGUGACGGAGGGAGACUCUGACUGAGCCCAGGAGGAGAGAGGAGGAGCUCAGCUCCACGCUGACCUCCUGCAGCUUGCUCCACCCAAAGGGGCCAAACAACAUAAAACAACUUCAGUUUUAUGGGUAGAGACUUUGGGGCACAGUAGCUACAGUAUGAAAGCUACUGACGCAGAGUUCAAUUCAAUGUUUUCAAUUGAGGGUCAUCUUUUCUUGGCAACAGCUAUUUGAGAGCCAGACCUGUAUCAAUGUCAUGUGACAUGUGUAAGGGCUAUUUAUGUACAAUCGAUGAUGCAUUGCAUAAGCAGGUGUGAAAUGUAUGUCUUUAUGGUCAUAAUGUUUUAUGAAAUUAUCCAGUAAAUUCUUUUCUUUUUUUGAGGA